AAACUCAUCAAUUAUCGAACAACUAUCCACUUUUUUCAAUGAAUUCUCCAACUGUUAAAAUCAUCUCAGAUUGCUUCAUCAACCCAAAAUUCAUAUCAGAAGCAGCAAAGAAACCCUUUUACUUCUCACCAUGGGAUCUCCUCAUGCUUACUACUAACUACAUUCAAACCGGUCUCCUUUUUCGCUUGCCUGAAAAUCAAGAUUUCUCUAUAACCACCUUCUUGGAUGACCUCAAAGAGUCUCUUUCCACAACACUUACUCAUUUCCACCCGCUCGCCGCCCGUUUAGCCACGGUAAAACACGAAAACCCGCCUUUUUUAACCGUGUUUUUGAACCCCGAGUAUAGCCCCGGAGCUAGAUUUAUCCAUUCGGCUGUUAAUCUAACCGUGAAUGACAUCCUUACGCCUACGGACGUGCCGUUGGUUGUUCAGUCGUUUUUUGAUCAUCACCAAGCUGUCAAUAACGACGGUCAUGAACUCUCGUUACUGUCUGUAAAAGUGACAAAACUUGUAGACGCUAUCUUUAUAGGAUGCUCCAUCAACCAUAUGUUAGUUGAUGGAACCUCGUACUGGCAUUUCAUCAACUCCUGGUCAGAAAUGUUCAAAUCCAAAGGGCAAAACAGUCAUUUAACUCACAUCUCACGUCCUCCAAUCCUUGACAGAUGGAUCCCUACAGGAUCCGACCCGAUUGUCAACCUCCCGUUUAGCCAUGAAGAUGAAUACAUCAAUAGACCAAACCGCCCAAUGUUGAGGGAACGAAUCUUUCACUUCUCGUCGGAUUCGCUCGCUAAACUCAAGGCGAAAGCGAAUUCGGAGUGCAAUACGACAAAAAUUUCCUCUUUACAGUCGCUCUCGGCCCUUGUUUGGAGGUGCGUGACACACGCCCGGCGGGUUCCAGCAGAUCAAGAAACGGAUUGCAUGAUGACCAUUAACAAUAGAAGCAGGAUAUCCCCACCUUUACCUGAAAAUUACAUCGGUAAUAUGGUUCAGACGGUGAGGGCAACAACAACGGCAAGGGAGUUGGUUGAUCAUGGUGUCGGGUGGGCAGCAUUACGGUUGCACGAAGCCGUGGCAAGCCAUAGUGAUAAAAGAAUUAAGGAAGGGAUGGAUGCGUGGGUGAAGAGCCCGUGUGUCGUAAAUGCGAGGGUGCAUUUUGACAAAAAUAGUGUAUAUAUGGGGAGCUCGCCUAGGUUUGACAUGUAUGGAAACGAAUUUGGAUUGGGGAAAGCAUUGGCGGUUUUGAGUGGGUAUGGUAAUAAGUUUGAUGGAAAGGUGACGUCGUAUCCAGGACGGGAGGGCGGAGGAAGCAUUGAUUUGGAAGUCUGCUUGUUGCCGGAACACAUGGCUGCUUUCGAGUCUGAUGAAGAAUUCUCGACUAUUUUUAAUGAAUAAUUUCACUAAUAAAAUGUAAUCUUUAAACUUCUUGAGUUAAGGUAAUGAAAAAUGUCUAAGCUUUAAUAAGCAUUUAU